AUGCAGGAGGUCAGCUUGAACUGGAGCAGAAAACGGCAAACAGUCCAAUGGCUUUGCUUCGUGUUAUUCCUCCUCUCGCUUACUCCCCAUGCUUUCAACAGAAAUUUGAAUUCUGUGUGCAGAAAAAUUGAAUUUGUUCCAGAUAGGACGGAAUCUGUUAUUCUGGGUGAAAUAGUAUCCAUUUCACUUGGAGAAACAGAAAUAAUGAACUUUACAGAAAAGGAAUAUCCUUUCUCAGUUAACUGGUUGAUCCCUAAAAACUACCAGCACUUUUCGGCCUUUAGUUUUGCUCUGAAUGAGAUCAACCAGAAUACCCAUCUCUUGCCCAACAUCUCACUCAGAUACAUUAUAGGAAACAAUAAUUUCAAUGCAGUGUUAACCAGCCAGAACACUUUGGAACUCCUGGAAAGGCACCAGGGGAAUCCCACCAAUUACAACUGCAACAGCAAGAAGACUGUAAUGGCCGUCAUAGGUGCCCUCUCCUCUCAAAACUCAAUUCAGAUGGCCAACGUGUUAACAAACUACAAGAUCCCCCAGCUAAGUUACGGUUCCUUUGACCCAGUGCUGAGUGAUAAGAUUAAGUUCCCUUUUUUCUAUCGGAUGGUUCCCAGCGAAAAUCCUCAGUAUGUCGGGAUCGUUCAGCUGCUCAAGCAUUUUGGAUGGACGUGGGUCGGCCUCCUCACGUCCAAUGAUGAGAGUGGAGAAUCUUUUCUGCAGACCCUGAGACCCAGGCUCCUCCAGAACAGCAUUUGUCUUGCUUUCACACAAAUGAUGCCAAUUUUACUGAAUGUUAGUCCUGAAAAAAUCCUAGACGGCAUCUUUUCUUCUCUCUGGUUGUAUGAAGUGAAUGUCAUUCUUGUUCAUGGGGAUAUUCUGUCCAUGGAUAAGUUACGAAUGAUGCUGCUGGAAUAUGAAUCUGAUGACCUGCCUCCAAUGCAGAGGGUGUGGAUCAUAACUGCUCAGUGGGAUUUCACAGCCGUGAUUGCUUGGGAUGGUUUCCCAGCACAAUCCCUCAAUGGUACCUUGUCCUUUGACCUGCACACAAAAGUGGUGCCAGGAUUUGAGGAAUUCCUUGACAGAAUAGGUCCAGUGAAUGUUCCUUUCAUCCUCGAUUUCUGGCAAACAUCAUUUAAGUGUUCUUUCCCAGAGUUUAAUCAACUUUCAACAAACCUUCCCCUCUGUACUGGGGAAGAGAAGCUGAGGAACCUCCCUGGGUCUGUGUUUGAAAUGAGAAUGUCUGGCCAUAGCUACAGCAUCUAUAAUGCGGCUUACGCUGUAGCACAUGCUCUCCAUGCCCUGCAUUCAUCGGUUGUCAAAUGGAGAGCAACGAGCCAUGGAGACAGAUGGAAGUUUGGAGAUAUUCAACCAUGGCAGCUGAACUCUUUUCUGAGAAAGGUUCGCUUUAAUAAUAGCGCUGGGGAUGAAAUCUUCUUUGAUGAAAAUGGAGAAUUGGCCACUGGAUAUGAUCUCAUUAAUACCAUUGCAUUCGCCAAUGAAUCUUUUCAGAGAGUACAAAUUGGAAAGAUAGACCUGCAAGCUCCUUUAGGCCACGAUUUCACCAUUAACAGAAGCGCCAUUGUGUGGAAUCCCAAGUUUAAACAGGUGGUGCCGUCUUCAACAUGCGUCAAGAGCUGCCAACCUGGAUUCAGCAAGAUUGUUCUGGAGGGGAAAGAAGUCUGUUGUUAUAGCUGUUCUCAGUGCCCUGAAGGGAGGAUUUCAGUACAAAUCGAUGUUGACCAAUGCCAGAAGUGUCCAGAGGAUCAGUAUCCAAAUCAAAAGCAAGACCGGUGCAUUCCACGAAGCAUCGACUUCUUAUCCUAUGGAGAGCUCUUGGGAGCAGCCUUGGCUUCCUUGGCCCUUUUAUCUUCCUUGGCCACCAUCAUGGUGAUGAGGCUCUUUGUUCUGCACUGGGACACUCCCAUUGUCAAGGCCAACAACAGGAACAUCAUCUGCACCCUCCUGGCCUCUCUGCUGCUCGGCUUCCUUUGCUCUUUCCUGUUCAUUGGCCAGCCUGGGGAGCUGACCUGUCUUCUACGGCAAACCGUGUUUGGCAUCACCUUCUCCAUCUCCAUUUCAUGUGUGUUGGCCAAAACCAUCACUGUGGUUCUGGUCUUCAUGGCUACCAAACCAGGAAACAGCAUCAUGAAAUGGGCAGGGAAGAGGCUGGCAAUGUCUGUAAUUACUCUCUGUUCUCUCAUUCAAAUGGCUAUCUGCACCAUCUGGAUAGCCACCUCUCCCCCCUUCCCAGAGCUUGACAUGCACUCCCAGGUCAGCCAGAUCACAGUGCAGUGCAACGAAGGCUCAGAGGUCAUGUUCUACCUUGUCCUGGGCUACAUGGGUUUUCUGGCCAUCAUCAGCUUCACUGUGGCUUUCUUUGCCCGAAAUUUGCCUGACAGUUUCAAUGAAGCCAAGCUGAUCACCUUCAGCAUGUUUGUGUUUUGCAGUGUUUGGGUGUCCUUUGUCCCAACAUAUCUGAGCACCAAAGGGAAAUUCAUGGUGGCUGUGGAGAUCUUCUCCAUCUUGGCCUCUAAUGCUGGGCUGUUGGGCUGCAUCUUCUUUUCUAAAUGCUACAUUAUUUUAGUGAGGCCUCACCUGAAUUCCAGGGAGCAACUGGUUAGGAAAGAGAAUGGCCCUUCUUAA